AUGGGGGUGUUGGGGGGUGGGGGGUUUGAGGUUGUGGUUUUGGGGAAUUUUGAGGAUUGGGGGUUUUUUGUUUUUUGGUUUUUUGUUGUUGGUUUGGGGGGUUUGGGAGGUUGGGGGGGGUUGGGGUUUGGGGAGUUUUGGGGGGUUUGGGAUUGGGGGGGUUUGGAGGGGGUUUGGGGGGGGGGGUUGGGGAGGGGGGUUGGGGGGGUUUGGAGUUUGGGGGGGGGUUUGGGGAGUUGGGGUGGAUUGGGAGUUUGGGGGGUUUGGGAGUUUGGGGUGGGGUUGGGGGGGUUUGGAGUUUGGGGGGUUGGGGUUGGGGGGUUUGAGUGUGGGGGUUGGGGGUUGGGGUGGUUUGGGAGUUUGGGGGGUUGGGGUUGGGGGGGUUUGAGUUGGGGUUGGGGGGGUUGGGGGUUGGAGUUUGGGGGGGGUUGGGGGGUUUGGGGGGUUUGGUUUGGGGUUUGGGGGGGGUUGGGGGGGGUUUGGGGGGUGUUUUUGGAGUUUGGGGUGGGGUUGGGGGGGGGGUUUGAGUUUUUUUGGGGGGGGUUGGGUGGUUGGUGGGGGGUUUGGGAGUUUGGGGGGGGGGUGGGGGGUUGGGGGGUUUUUGAGUUGGGGGGGUUGGGGGGGUUGGGGGGGGGUUUGAGUUUGGGGGUGGGGGGUUGGGGGGGUUUGAGUUUGGGGGGUUGGGGGUUUGGGGGUUGGGGUGGUUUGGAGUUUGGGGGGGUUUGGGAGGUUGGGGGGUUGGAGGUUGGGGGGUUUGAUUUUGGGGGUUGA